CUACUCACAGCACCCACUGACCACAUCCUAUUCAGUAACCGGUCUCAGAUCCACUCCAGUCUGAAGCACCAUGAAAAGGCUCUGAUGGAUGCAGAAAUGGCCUGCAGACUCAUGCCCCUCUGGUCCAAGGGUCAUGUUUGUAAGGCUCAGGCCCUGGUGUCAUUUGGAAGGAUUGAAGAGGCUCUGAGAGAGUACCUGAUCUGCCUCUCCAUAGAGCCGGACUGUAGACUGGCCAAAACAGAGGCUCACAAGCUCCUCAGUGAGAUCCUGGCACCAGUCACAGAUCAGGUCCCUGGACCCAUCUCAGACCAUUCCAACAUCCUGUCUUCCAGAGCACACAUCAAAAGCAGCCUCACUUCCCCAGUACAGACCCUCAGUCCUGGCUUUUGGUCUUCAGAAUCUCCUCUAUCUGUACCUGAGGUGUCAAAGAGGAGUCAAGAAAUCUCUGAAACCAUGAAGAUUCAUGACUGUCUUCUCCUGAAACGGAAACGAAGGAACACGGAGGAGGAACAGGGGACCAAGGGACGUCAGAAGAAAUCAAAGUCUGAGCCAGUACAUGAGUCUGAGUCUUUGAGUUCUGUGUCAACUGACCUCAUGGACCCAACAGAUCUGGAGUGUUCUCUGUGUAUGAGACUUUUCUACGAGCCGGUGACAACGCCGUGUGGUCACACGUUUUGUCUUCAGUGUCUGGAGAGAUGUCUGGACCACAAUCCAAAGUGUCCCCUUUGUAAAGAAGAGCUAUCUGAGUACUUGGUUCAGAGGCAGUGCUGUAAGACAGAAAUAAUGAAAAAGCUGAUAUCGAAGUAUCUUCCCUCUGAGUUCAUGGAAAGACAAAGAGUCCACCUGGAGGAGAUGGCUGAACUUUCCAAUCUUAACAAGAACGUGCCUAUAUUUGUGUGCACCAUGGCCUUCCCCACUGUGCCCUGUCCUCUCCAUAUCUUCGAGCCCUGCUACAGACUGAUGAUUCGCAGGUGCAUGGAGACAGGAACCAAUUGCUUUGGCAUGUGUCUAGAAGACUGUCUCAAAGGAUUUGCAGACUAUGGGUGUCUGUUGGAGAUCCGUGAUGUCAGAUUUUUUUCCGAUGGCCGUUCAGUAGUGGACACAAUUGGUGGAAGAAGGUUUAAGGUCAUUCAGCACCGUGAGAGGGAUGGGUACAACACAGCUGAUAUAGAGUACGUGGAGGAUGUGAAGGUGGAUGGAGAUGCAGAGUGUGAGUUGCAGUCUCUCCAUGAUGCUGUGUAUGAGCAGGCUCUGGUUUGGGUCAAUUCUCUGAAGGUUGAGCAGAGACAACGCAUUGAAGGACAUUUUGGACCUAUGCCUGAGAAGGACUCUGAACUUCAGGCCAGUCCCAAUGGUCCCUCAUGGUGCUGGUGGUUACUUGCCGUUCUUCCUCUGGAGGGUCGAGCCCAGCUACCAUUCCUCGCCCUCACUUCCCUGAAAGAUCGCCUCAGUGGAAUCCGCAAGGUGCUGCUGUUCAUGGCUCAGAGCAAACACCGGUGA